AGAAAAGUCCCUAAAGAAAUCUAAAAGAAAGCAAGAUGGCAGAUGGUCCAGGAUCCAGUCCCAGCAUCCCAUCCAAGAGGCCCAAAAUCACCAGGGACAAGGUUGUUCCGGACACUGGUGUAUCAGGACCCACAGCACCGUUUUUCACUCGUAAACUCCGUAAAGCAGCCGUAGGAACAAGCUGUGAUAUCCGACUGAGGGUGUCGGUGGGAGGAUUUCCAAAACCUACUCUCACCUGGUACCACAACGAUGAGCCGCUCCCUCCAUCGGAAGCUCAGGAUGCAGGCGGGCUGUGGAUACGGGACUGCCGCAUGAGCGACGCUGGCCUGUAUACCUGCAUGGCAACCAACGAGCUGGGAGAGGCAAGCUGCAGCGCGGUAUUGGCCAUCAUGGACCUCGGUGAAGAGAACUGGGCACUCCACAAGGACAUUUGGCAGAUUUACCCAUGUGAAGUUUUCCGCUCCUGCCGAAAGCAAAGCUAUGACUCUGAGACCACAGAGGAUGAGACCACAGAACCUCAGAUGGAAACAAAAGAAGGGCUCGGGAGGCACCAAGACAAGGCCGGACGGAGAGGACCUUCAGGUGAGGGAGGCGGGAUGCUGGACUACAACCCGGACGCGUCGGAUCGCAGGGCCACACUUCCUGGUGGCUAUGACCCCGUGGUGGAACGAGAGCUCCGAGCUCUAGGAUCCCGCCCUCCAGGGUCUCACUUGGACCCCACAAACCCUGCCAGGACUCAAACUGCUGACGAAUCACAGGGGCUCUCCUCCCGUGUCCCCCUGUCUUCUCCCCAGCCACCUCCCAGUACGCACAAAAACAGCAUCCCAGACGAUCCUUCGCAUCCCCAAUCUUCUAAGACAGACCAGGCAUCCAGUGCUAACAGUGUUGUCAUGACGCCUAAACUGGCUCGUGCGGGGCCCAAGAUAUUCGACAAGGUUUGUGCUUUUGAGGAAAAAAGGGCUAGUGUGGAUCCAUCAGGAGGAUCUAGAUCUGGAAGAGCGGCUUCCUUCGACUCAGACGACAGCGGAAAGAAGACAGGCGGCCCGAGCAAAGACGAGGAGCGGAUCCUGCAGGGCGCAGCACAGAAGAGAUCAGCGUUCAAGCAACGGGCCUCGUCCUUAGAGGACAAGACGAGCUACUCGCAGAGGGUGCAGAGCUACCAGAGCAAGUUUGCAGAGGAGCUCCAGAGGAUCAAGAAACUUGUGGGGAAACCGAGCUUGAAGAAGGCGUACUCCACGGAGCAGCUGUCACAGAAGGAGAGGCUCACCACAGGAAAAGUAGAGCCCAUUCCUCCCCAGGUGGUUAAAAAGUUGGAGGCGAGGGAGCGCGCCCUGGAGGAGAGAAAAGUCGGGGGAAAGGAAGUGGGCAGCAGAUUGCAGAUGUCUCCACAGGCCCAAGGCAAAGGUCUGGGGACUCAGAGUAACAGCCCUGAAGGCAGAAACAUGACACAGCCAGAUUCACAGGGGGAACCGGCGGAUUGCUCAUCACAAGGACGAACAGGGAAAAUCUCUGUUACCAUGGAGACGGCGCCAGUUCACCAGUUACCAGGGCAACCAUUGCCAACAGCCAUAAGGACAAGCCUCACCAGGGAACCCCUGCAAAGCUCUCCAGCAGCUGACACAGACGCACUUGUUGCAAAAUCUCAAAAAUCCUCAUCCCCCAUCAGAGACCUGGGGUCAAAGAGGGACAACCAAGCAGGCCACAGGUCACCAAGAACAUCUCCACUAACCGUGAGCGAACCGGGGUCCCAGUACCCUCCCAAGCCCCCCCGGCUCGCCCCGUCACCCACUCCUUCCGUCAGCCCUGUGAAGAGGAGGAAGGCCGAGACGUCUCCCGCCUCGAAAGUGAGCAUCCCCACUAUCCUGUUGGAGGAUGAACCCAUGGAGACAGAAUGUGAUGCGGACAGGAGCGACGAGAGGAGCAGCAGGAGCAAAGAGGGGAAAGUCCGCAGGAGCAGGAAAGGUCGUUCCGCUCAGCCCAGGUCUCCGGAGGAAGGGGCCUCAUCUGAUGACUCCUGCCUGUCUGCUGAUGAGGAGCCAGCUGAGGGCCCGAGGUUUGAGAGGCCUCUUGAGGACACCAAGGCAUGCAGUGGCUCAGAGGUCACGCUGACAUGCGUCGUCACUGGCAGCCCGGCCCCUACAGUGACAUGGAGGAAGAACAAUGUGGAGAUGCGCAGCGAUGCCUUAAAGUUGCUGAAAGCUGAGGGCGAGAAGCACAGUCUGGUGAUCAAGCAGAUGAGUCUGAAGAGCGCGGGGUCGUACUGCGUCACGGCCGUCAACGCGGCGGGCAGCGCCACCUGCAGCGCCACGCUCUACAUCCAGUCAGAGCCCACCCACAUGCAAUGUGGGAAACUAUCCGGGGCCUUGAAAGUCAGUAGUAGGAUGCAGUCAGAAGAGGAGUAUCUGAGUCCUCAGGAGGAGGCGAUGGAGCUUGAGGAGGCUCCUGCGCCAAGGAAAAAACGAGUCCACUUCCAGGAAGCUCCUUCAUUUCAGGUGGCACCAUGUGACCAGGAGGUAACUCAAGGUCAAGAUGUCGUCAUCUCUGCUCAGGUCGCAGGGCAGCCCAAACCCAUGGUGAAUUGGUUGAAGGACAGAGUCUCUGUGAAGACAGCGGGGCGCUUCGCCGUGCGAGACACAGAUGACGGCACCACUGAAAUGAGAAUCAGUUCAGCGCAGAGGUCAGACGCAGGGCAUUACGUCUGCAAGAUCACCAACGAGUACGGAGUCAAGCAAGCGCAGUGCAGACUGGAGGUCAAAGCAUCUGCAGUAAGAACAGCGCUGAAAAUCACCAGCGAGGUUAAAGGUGUGGCGGUGAGGGCCGGAGAGUCGGCCGUGUUCGAGUGUCGCAUUUCAGGACCCCCGGACGUGGAUGUGGACUGGCUCUCCAACGGGAAGCUGAUCCAGCCAGCGCUGCUCAACUGCAAAAUGCCCUUUGAUGGCAAGAGGUGCCGCCUGCUGCUAAAUUCAGUACAUGAGGAUGAUAGUGGAACAUACACAUGCAAGCUCAGCACCGCAAAAGAGGAGUUGACCUCAAGUGCCAACCUGAGAGUCACGCCGUCCAUCGAGCCUCUGUUCACCCGUAAGCUGGACAUCCUGGAGGUCAUUGAAGGUCGCACUGCCCGCUUUGACUGCAAGGUGAGCGGCUCCCCUGCGCCUCGCGUCACAUGGAUGCAUUUUGAGACGAGAGUGGAGGAGAGUGAUAAUGUUCGCAUCCUUCAAGAGGGGGGUCGUCACUUGCUUAUCAUCGCCCACGUUAGCAGCGACACAGAAGGCUUCUACACAGCGGUCGCUCAGAACAUUCACGGAAAAUCUGAAUGCACCGCUGAGCUCUACAUGCAAGAACCCCGAGCUGCCAUCUCCUCUCACAUGGCCAAGCUGGAGAAAAUGCCAUCCAUCCCCGAAGAGCCAGAAGUGCUGGAGAGUGAGGUGGAGAAGAGGAGCAUGCCGGACUUUGUUAAACCUCUGGCUGAUGCGGAGGUGAUUGAAGGCAAAGAAGCGCUGCUCAAGUGCAAAGUGUCUGGUCUGCCCUACCCAACCAUCGCCUGGUACCACAACGGCAAGCGCAUCGAGAGCAGUGAGGAACGCAAGAUGAACCAGUACAGGGAUGUCCACAGUAUGCUCAUUCGGGGUGCUUGUCACGCUCAUGGCGGCGUCUACAAGGCGGUCAUCUCCAAUAAAUUGGGAAAAGCUGCCUGCUAUGCACAUCUAUACGUCACAGAUAUUGUUCCUGACCCCCCCGACGGUCCCCCAGUGAUAGAGGCUAUAACGGGAAAAACAAUAAGCCUCAGCUGGAAGAGGCCAAAGAGGCUCGACCCUUCUUCUGAUGGCGGCUCCUUGCUCUAUGUGGUGCAGCAGCAGCCUCUGGGCUCCAUCCAGUGGUCUGUUGUGGCUUCCAACCUGAGGGAGACCAGUUACACCGUCACCUCGCUGUCCAAAGGAGUCCGCUACGCUUUCAGAAUCCUCACCUCCACUGGGAAGACAUUGAGCAAACCGUCAGCCUCUACUGACCUGGUCCAGCUGCUGGACAGAGGACCCUAUUUGAGAAAAACACCAAUUAUUCUGGACAAACCGGACAUUGUUUAUGUGGUAGAGAACCAACCUGCAAGCCUCACCAUCACACUGAACCACGUGCAUGCAGUUGUCACCUGGAAAAGGAGGGGGGUGGUCUUGGUCAACAGACCGGGGAUGUACGAGAUGAGCAUGCCAGACGACGAUCAGCACACCCUGAAGCUCCAGCGAGUCCGGAGCUCAGACAUUGGGCAGCUGGUGGUCACGGCCAGCAACCAGUUCGGCAGCGACCUGUGCACACUUCAGCUGGCUAUGGCAGUGGCUCCCAAGUUUGAAAACAUCAUGGAGGAUGUGGAAGUGCACAUUGGGGAGACGUCACGAUUUGCGGUUGAAGUUGAAGGGAAACCAGACCCAGAUAUCAUGUGGUAUAAGGAUGAUGUGCUUCUCUCCGAGAGCAGCCACUUCACGUUUGUGUACGAUGACCCAGAAUAUUCCCUAGUUGCCCUAAACGCCCGCCCCGAACACUCCGGUGUUUACACCUGCACUGCAAAGAACCUGGCCGGCUCCAACUCCUGCAAAGCCGAACUCACAGUCCACACAGAGCGGAAAGAAGCAGCAGAGCCAAUGGAGGACGAGGGAACCAUUCUGAGGAAGAUGAGGCGCUUGACGGAUUACUAUGACAUCCACAAAGAGAUAGGGAGGGGUGCCUUCUCCUAUGUGAAGAGGGUGGUUCAGAAAAAGGGAAAGGAGGACUUCGCUGCCAAGAUCAUUUCUGCGGGAGGAAAGAGGAAGGCCUUGGCUCUCAGAGAAAUGCAGCUGCUGUCGGAGCUGGACAACGAGAGGAUUCUCUGCUACCACGACGCCUUCGAGAAGAAGAGCGUGGUGGUGCUCAUCACAGAGUUAUGUCACGAGGAGUUGCUGGAAAGAAUUGCCAAAAAAACAUCCGUGAAGGAACUGGAGAUCCGCUGGAGUGUGCAGCAAGUGUUGGAAGGUCUUCGUUAUCUUCACCAAAAAAGUAUCGCCCACCUUGACAUAAAGCCAGAAAACAUUUUAAUGGCCAGUCCCGGGAGUGACCAGAUCCGAAUUUGUGACUUUGGUAACGCCAUAAAACUGGAGCCUUCUGAGGAGUACUACAGCAAAUAUGGCACGCCAGAAUAUGUCGCUCCAGAGAUCGUUAACCAAACUCCUGUCUCCACGGCAACGGACAUAUGGCCCGCUGGUGUCCUCACGUACCUCUGCCUGACUGGUGUGUCUCCUUUUGCCGGUGAGAAUGAUAGAGCCACUGCCUUAAACAUCCGUAACUACAAUGUGGCGUUUGAGGAGAGCAUGUUCGCUGACCUCUGCAAAGAAGCAAAGGGAUUUGUCAUCAAGCUUUUGGUGGCAGACAGACUGAGGCCAAGUGCUGUCGAGUGCCUUCGUCAUCCUUGGUUCAAGUCAGGAAUGAAUAAAAGCAUCAACACAGCCAUGCUGAAGCAAGUUUUGUCGAGACGGAAAUGGCAGCGUUCCCUUAUCAGCUACAAAUCCAAGAUGGUGAUGCGUUCGAUCCCGGAGCUUUUGAAUGAAUCAUCCAACCACGUCUCCAUUGCUGUGGUGCGGCACUUGAAAGAAGGAACCCCUCCACCCUCCUCUUCCUCCGACUCAGAUGCAGAUGUGGAUGAGCUUCCUUUUAUACCUAUGCCGCUCUCUAUGGUCUUCUCUGGCUCCAGGGUCUCUCUCAACGAGAUCCCAGGGGACGAAGAUGCUACUGCCUGGCCUAGUGUUGCUGCUGAUGGCACGAGGAAAAAGGACAACAUGGAGACGGAAGGUACAAGAGAAGAGGUUAAAAAAAGCAUGAAAGAUGAAGAGGAAACCCCUGAUGAGGAAAAAAUUGAUCAAACUAGAAGAGAGCCCCUGAAAAAAGGACCAAGUGUGGAGAUGGACGAAUCGCAGACAAAAUCCAGGCGGGCAACCAUGAGGAGAGGCAGCUCUGCUGACUCGGCACUGCUUCUCCACAUAGACCCAGAAGAGGGAAAUGUAAAGCAGGAAUCGGAAGAAAGUAACAAGAGCCUUAAGAAGGCUGUUUCCAUGGAACUGCCCAAUCGCAGCCCGAGCCCCGGGGGGACCAAGUUAAGCCAAGAGGAUUACGCCCUGAAACUGGAACUGAUGAGGCAGCGGUUGCUCAGGGGAGGAAGCGCGGACAAGAAGAUGAGCGGCCUGCGAGGGCCCUUGUUUGAAACGCUGGGCAUGGAAGAUGAGAGGCGGACAGGGUCUCUUGAUAGGAACGUGAGGAGAUCCAGAGCGGGGCCAUCAACUCUCACCAGAGCAGCUUCUUCAGAGACUACUAUAGAGGACACGCCUAGGACUAAAGUUUUCCGUAAAAGCUCCUCCUUCACUCAGGGUGAUUCCGAGCCCAUGCCCCUGCACCGCCGCUUUGGAGCCCCCUUAGAGAUCCCCUCAGUUGGCAAUGGUAGCAUAGAAGGCAAGAAGCUACAGGAGGCAACGUCAAUGUCCGCCCUCACAGAACAAACAACGCUGGAGUCUAGAUCGGCCACGCCUACAAAAAAGACUUCCUUUAUUCUCCCAACCCCAGGAAGAAUGGACCAACAGAACAAUGUGAAAGAACGAACGGAUUUGCAAAGUAUGAAUGAGAAGAACAUGGAUGAGAUAACAGAUAAAAGGACCAAAUCCCAGUUAGAAAAGCCAGAGGAAGUAGAAUCUGAUUCCAAAUCUCCCUCUGUAAUUACUCCUAUAAUUGUGAUAGAGGAGGAUGAUGAAGAUGAAGAGAGGAAAGAAUAUCCAGAGUUGCAUAUAAAUGAAAAAGGUACAAAGGCAGAAGAAAAGAAACCAUCAUCUGCAUAUGCAAGUGUUUUUCAAGCUGUUGCAGGGCAAUCUCACUCAUCUGAAGAGGCCAAAUCCAAACAACCCGCUGCUAUAAGACCCACAGAAUUUCCGACAUUACCUGAGCACCCCGCAGUGUUCGCUAAAGUAGCAACUGCCGAUCGAUCCCCCAGUGUUAUUUCCACAUCAUCAAACCCUGAUCUCACUGCUGCGGCCCGCCAGCCUGUGCUCAGAACAGACAUCAAAGACAUCGACUCUGAGGAGGUCUUUGAAGCGAGGUUUAAGAAGCGGGAGUCCUCUUUGACCCGUGGCCUUCGGAAACUGACCAGAAAUAAAUCAGAGGAGAAAUCUCCUCUGCUAAACCGGAAGGGGGGCGAGGCUGGGGAAGAGGUUUACAGGCCGGGGCCAUGGGGGGCACCUGUUGAAAUGGUACCCAAAGGUCUUCAGGAGAAAUCCAAAUCGGUUCAAGAUUUAAGAGAAGGCGAUAGGGAAACGGGCCUCAGUUUAAUCGGGAGGUUUUCCUUGCGGGCCAAGAGGUCAUCGUCCGUUGAUAAGAAGGGUGAGAAACCAAAGGAAGAAAAGCGCCAGGACGGGCAGGAAACGGCUGUGAGCAAGAGGGUUUCAUGGGCUGUGGGUCGCAGCAAAUCCCUGGAUACAAAGACGGAUGAGAAAAAAGCUGACGAGUCUUCAGUUUCUGCUAUGAGGCGCAAGUUUGAGUCCAAAGUGGCAGGAAUCUCUGCCAAAAUAAGGACCCAAUCAGAGGAGAGGAAGGACGCUGGGGGAAGUCAGAAAGAGCUGGUCCAAAAGGAUUUGAAGAAAGUCAAUGACUCCCCAGUCCUGGCAAUGCGGCAUAGGUUCGAGAACAAAGUGGCCGGAAUCUCCUCGAAAAUCCGCAGUCAGUCUGAGGAGAGAAAAGAGGACGAGGAGGGAAAGAAGACGCCCCUGUUCACCCGCCAUCGUCAUUCCCAAUCCGAGGGGCGAGGACUCAAAGGAAUGGGCAUCCCAGAGAAUCAGCUGGCCAAACAGACCGGCUCCGCAGCAUCCAAGGAAUCAAUUGAAUCCACUUCUAGCAUGCAUUCCGAGAAAGCCUCAGAGACCGAAAGGCGAUCACGCUGGGACAGGUGGGGUCUGAGGGGAAAGAAAGACAAAACCCCCUCUCAAACUGAUCUGCCUUCCUCCGUCCCCAAAGAGGAGGGUUUGUCAAAAAGCCAGCAGUUCAGCCGCUCCGCUUCGGAUUUCGCCCCCGUGUUCCACAUCAAACUGAAGGACCACAUCUUAUUGGAGGGGGAACCUGUCACUCUUACCUGCCUGCCAGCAGGAAGUCCACCUCCAGAAAUCACAUGGACCAUAGAUCGGAAACAGCUGGUGGUGGAUGACCGGAUCAACCUGAUGUCCCACCCAGAUGGACGGCAGCUGCUUAUGAUCCCAAAGUCCAGUCGGAGGGACGCUGGAGUUUAUGAAUGUGUAGCUACCAACCCCAUAGCUACCAUCACCACCUCCUGCACACUGUGCAUAGCUUGUGUCCCAAAACGUCCAGGGACUCCUGAAGUCCCCCAGACAUACAACAACACUGCCUUGGUGCUCUGGAAGCCGGCAGACACCAAGCCUCCGUGCAGCUACACCCUGGAGAGAAAAACCGAAGGUGAUCCCAACUGGCUGACUGUAGCCACAGGAGUGCUUGACUGCUACUACAAUGUCACGGACCUGCCACCAGGGGGCGUGUUUAGGUUCCGCAUCGCCUGCAUCAACAAAGCAGGACAAGGACCAUAUAGCAACUCCUCUGCUCCAGUCAGCCUGGACUCAAAAGCUGGAGGAGCUGCGCCUGCUGUCGCUGUGAUAAAGACGGUCCCAACUGCACCUGAACCAGUCGUCUCUUCCUCUGUGACUGUGCCUCCACCCAAGUCGCUCCAGAACAGCGUUCCCAGGAUAACCUCCACCAUCCCUUCCACCUUCACCUCUCCAACAGAGACCAUCUGCCCUGCUACAUCCCAGUCUAAAACAGUGGUCACUCCCACCCCUCCGCCCUCUCUGCCUUCCAACGCUCCACUACAAUCUGAAGGCGCUCAAAAAAUAAGCUCCUCUCUACCCUCUUCACCCCCAGUGAAAGCCCCUCCACCCUUUGUUCUCCCCAAACCCCAAAGUCCAGUGAAUGUGGUGUCUCCUAUGACUCAGAGUCCACCCAUGUCCCCGCUAACAGCUCUUGUAACACCGCCAUCAACACCAACCAAACCAGCUUCUGUGCCCACAUACGCCCCCACCACCACCAUCACAGCUCGUGUGAUCCCCACUCCUGUCUCCUUUAGCCCACAAGUGCUCCAGGCUUCCAGCUUGAGUCCCUUCAGUGAGGGGGUCAGCACCCCCACCAGAGGCACCCCAUCAGGACGCACUACGCCCUCCACAUCUCUACGGCAAGGGGUCCCACAGAAACCCUACACCUUCCUGGAUGAGAAAGCCAGGGGUCGCUUCGGAGUGAUCCGAGAGUGCCGCGAGAACUCGACGGGUAAAAUCUACAUGGCGAAGAUCAUUUCCUACAACCAGGAGAACAAGCAGGACAUACUGAAGGAGUACGAGAUCCUGAAAUCCCUCCACAACGAGAAGGUCAUGGCUCUGCACGAAGCCUACGUCACGCCGCGCUACCUGGUGCUGGUGGCGGAGUACUGCACCGGCAAAGAACUGCUGUACAGCCUCAUAGACAGGUUCCGUUACUCCGAGGACGACGUGGCGGGUUACCUGGUGCAGAUCCUGCAGGGAGUGGAGUACCUCCACAACCGCCGCGUCCUCCACCUGGACUUAAAGCCUGACAACAUCAUGGUGACCAACCUCAACGUCAUCAAGAUUGUGGACUUUGGAAGCGCUCAGAGCUUCAACCCGCUCAGCCUCAAACAGCAGGAGUCAGGAGCGGGAACACUGGAGUACAUGGCUCCUGAGGUGGUGAAAGGCGAAGUGGUUGGUCCUCCUGCAGAUAUUUGGACUGUUGGAGUUGUCGUCCACAUUAUGCUGAGUGGUCGUCUGCCCUUCGAAGAUAAAGACCCUCUACAAGUGGAAUCCAAAAUCCUAGUGGCAAAGUUUGACCCAACAAAACUGCACCCAAAUGUGUCCCAAAGUGCCUCUGCUUUUCUCAAGAAGAUGUUGAGCAGCUACCCAUGGGCGCGUCCGACUACACGAGACUGCUUCACCCAGGCCUGGCUGCAGGACUCCUACCUGAUGAAGCUGAGGAGACAGACUCUCACCUUCACCUCCGGCAGACUCAAAGAGUUCCUGGUGGAGCAACAAAGCCGGCGCUCGGAGACCACCACCAAGCACAAGGUGAUGCUGCGCACCUACCAGAGCUCCCCCCAAUCCCCGGCGCCUGGGACCUCACCGCAUGUUCCCAGCCCAAAGUGAGAUGAUGGGGGGGAAACGCAGCACCACACACGAGACAAGGGUCUGUCAUAAAACCCCUCAGUGAAACAUGAAAAAUGUCAGGCUGAGGUUAAGGCAAAGAAAGCUGGAUACAUCUUAAAUAUCCAAAGAAAAGACAGGAGUCCAAGUGUUAUUUUAGGAGAAUUCAACAUUCAACGCUAAAGAGAUUCUGACUUGAUGAGUUGGUGAAGUUCAGAACCGCUCAGAAACCGGUAAUCCAGUAAAAGGACACGGGAUGUUCUUCGCUUUUCUCUCGUUGAUUGCACAAUUUCUUAGUCACAUUGUGAAUUCUGAAAGUACGGAUUUUGGUUUAGAUGGGUCUCCAGAUCAGCCUGGAAAACCCUUGUUUAUGUCACUUUUUUUAGUAGUCAACAACUCAUGUGAAUGUACCAAGCUGCUAAUUAAUUUUUGCAUUUACAUUUUAAAACUCAAAACCAAAAACAUGUUUUUUUUCUCUUGAAAUUGUUUACUUUUUCAUGUUAAUUUAUUUGCAUGUGUGUGUGCGUGUGUGCGCAAGCAUUUUUGACUUAGCAUCGAGGCAAAAAAAUCAAAAUAAGGAGUGUCUUUGUGAUUGGUGUUAAAAUUCACAAGUUGAAAAUGAACUCCUUUAGGGUGAGCUGGGAGUUUUUGGUACAGCUUCUUGUUCUGUGGUUAAAACUCAUUUUAUGAAACAAUGAAAAGCAGUCUGUAAUGUAGAUAACAUUUAACUUGGAAAAGUCAUACACUGUUGAAUUGCUGUGUUUCUCAGUAUUACCCGUGGUUGGUCAGGUUAUUUAAAUCGUGAUCACCCAGUCAGUGCCUAAAUUGGAUUAAUAUCCAAACUAUUUAUCUUGUAAAUGUUUCUCCAUUAGUACUCAUUCACAAAUGAUGAAUUAUUUCAACAAAGCAAAAAUUUGACUGCAAUAUUUGACUUUGCAACAUACACACAGUACAUGCAGUCAUUGUAAUAAUAGAACGUCUUGUGUAUUGCUCUCACAGUUUUCCUUUUUGUAUGAAUUUGGAUGGUUGAAGAUUUGUAAAUGUACCAAUUUGCGGUGUUUAUAUGUGGAAAAAAGUUGAAGGUGUUUUUAUGACAUAGUAUGUAAUAAACUAUUGAUACAAUUGGGAAUAUGAA